GUAGCAGAGAGAGUCUGGCUGGCUAAUUCAGAGAGAUGGAUGGCGGAUGAAAGGAUUGACUGUUUACUUACCAGUGCAGCCAGCUGGAACAGAGGAACGAGAAAGGUUUAGCACAGCGCACGAAACCACGGCAAGUCCACACUCACUCACCAUAAAGCCAUCCAUGGCAUAUAUGCAUCCACACACAAAUCCACACCAACGCACACCAACGUGUUGUCGUCCCCUGGCCGACCAACAGAACGGACAGACCAGGCCGCAACCAUCUCCUCCCGAGACGCACACGCACAUGCACACAAAUAAUCCGUCCGUCCGUCUGUCCAUCCAUCCAUCCAUCUCAUGAUCUGUCUACAGGGCGGCUCUUGGGUUGUCAGUGUGCAGCACAAUGAGCCCGUUGCUGAGCGCCACCUUGCCCGAGUUGAGGUUCUUGACCUGGAACACCACCCGCCCCCCAUCCCCAUUCCCUCCUCCUUGUCGCCACAUCUCGACGGCCAGCACAUCGCCCGGCACGACUGUCGAGGCGAACCUGCCCUCGAUGCUCCGCACCCUCGACGCGUCGUUGUCGCACAUUUCCCUCACCACCCCGUGGCCCGCAAUGCCGAAUGUGCACAGGCCGUGCAGAAUGGGCACGUCGAAGCCCCCGAUGCUGCUGAAGUUGGGGUCCGCGUGAAGCGGGUUGUAGUCGCCAGACAGGCGGUAGAUGAGCGCCUGGUUGGGCGAAGUCGCCUUGGUGAAGACGACGUCAGGCGGCCGGUUGGGCGGGGUGCGAGCAGGGCCUUUGGGCUGCUUGGGACCGCCGAAUCCUCCGAUGCCGCGGAUGAAGAGCUGGCUGGUGUUGACGCACACGAGGUCGCCUUGCUGGUCGCGGCUUUGCGUCUCGACGACCACGAGGGCGGCCUUGCCUUUGUCCCAGACCUCCUUGAGCGAGGCCGUGUGGGUGAGAGUGUCGUCUGUCUGCAAUGGCUUGAAGAGCUCCACCUUCUGCUCGCCGUGCAGCAGCAUCAUGGGGUUGAAGUCGGGCAUGCCGGGGCACUUGCUGAGCGACUCGAAGACCACCUCGCCCCUCGGCAGCACCACGGCGAACGACGGGAGGGGGGCGAAGCCGUCGGAGUUCUCGUAAGUGUACUGGAGGUCAUUGGCGUCCAGCUGGUCUUGCGAGAGGCCCAGCCCAAGCGCAUACAGGAUGACAUCUCGCUUGCUGUAGCUCCGCACCUCACUGCCAAGCUGGAAGCCGCAGCACUUGGACGGCUGCACCUCCGAAGGCUUCAUGGCUUUCGUCAGAAAGCGCUCUUCUCCUCUUUGAUCUGCCGACGAUCG